GAUAGGCAAGAGAAGAUGCUGCUGAAGGAGGACUACGACAACAGCAUCAAGGAGUCAGAAAUGGCAGAAAUGAUGAAACAAGAAGAGUAUCAGAUUCAAGAGCAGUGUGCAAAGUGUCACAAGAAAGACACAGAACGCCCUAAGAAGGAGGCCUUGAAGUAAGAAUCUCUGCCAGGAACACUUCAACAUAUUCCUUCCUCAGAGUCAGCUGAAAUAAAUGACCCAGAGGCUUUUCCCUAUAAUUUUAUUUAUGAAAGUGCCUCGGGCUCCAAAUCUUCUUAG